GAGUCAGGUAAGAGUCAGGGUUUGGGGUUAGGCUCAGGGUUAGGGCUAUGGUUUGGGGUCAGGGUUAGGCUCCGGGUUAGGCUCAGGGUUGGGGGUCGCUGUGCCCCCACAGUGGGGUGGGUCUGGGGCUGGUGGUGCCUGCUGACCCCUGGGCUGUUUGCCCGCAGCCACUGCAUCCAGCAGAUCCUGGAGGCCGUCCUGCACUGUCACCAAAUGGGGGUCGUGCACAGAGACCUUAAGCCGGAGAACCUCCUGCUGGCCAGCAAGUGUAAGGGUGCGGCGGUGAAGCUGGCCGACUUCGGGCUGGCCAUCGAGGUGCAGGGCGAUCAGCAGGCCUGGUUCGGCUUCGCCGGCACGCCUGGCUACCUGUCCCCCGAGGUGCUGCGCAAGGAGGCCUACGGCAAACCUGUGGACAUCUGGGCCUGCGGUAAGGGCGCUGCGGGACCCCCG